UUCGUUACGUUUAACCCUCAGUCGUGUUCGAGUUGCGCUUUUAAACGUUUGCAUUGAUUCACCGUGUGAAACGUCCGCAGUUGUGACCUAAAAUUUGUAUUGCAGAUUAAAUUUGAUUUCAAGAUAUUCUCCUCUCCCACGACCGAGAGAAAUUUAUCUGAAUCUUAAUUUCGUCGAGGUAAACAAGAAGUAAGGCCAUCAAGAUGAUGUCAAGCCAAGGAAUGGAACUGCAAGUGGAAGAAACUCCCUUGGCUCUGCGCCGUCUUUGGAAUCUCACCCGUGCUCGUCUUGCUGGCACUUCCACUGCUCUCGACGUUGAACCAGCUCUGGUCGAAACUUUACCUUCAGCUCAGGAGCCUGAGAUUGCACCGAAAAGUUGUAUUCCUACUCCUAGCGAUUAUGAGAGUGAUGGUGAAGAGGCUUUCCCUGAUGUGGAUGUACGUGAACAACUUGAAAUUCCAUCAAAAUCUUUUUGGACUGGAAGUGCAUAUGAGAAGGAGGUUUUACUAGAUGCUAGCACCCUUGGAGAUGUGCCUGCCGUAUACCGUGUUCCGGCCCCGGCACCUCAUCAAAUGCCCGUCAUUGGAGUGUACAUUGAUCCCCGAGUCAGAACUGGUUUCAGAUAUAAAAUCAGACCAAUGCAGGCUUUGGAUGCCCCGCCACUAUCAGUGAAGCCCAGAUAUUUGUUCGGUGGUAAGGCACUCACCCUGGAGUCAAUUGGGCGUGGAUUCGCAAGACGACUCACCUUUGAGCCCGUUGAUUCAACUCUAAACGAAAAUACCAAUUACUUUUGGUCUGACUCCCGUCCAGAAGGAUUUGUAUUUGAAAUUGAAGCAGUAUCCGUUGGAGACAAGUUCACUAUCUAUGACGCAAAUCAUGAGCCUCAAGGAACACUGGAGGUUGUCCAGCAGCAGAAAAACCAAAUUGAGCUCGAACAGAAAAUUUCUGACGAUGGUACUAUUGAGAAAAGAGUAAAAAUAAACACCUUGUGUAAAGUGGAAUGGUAUGAGAAUGAUGACGUUACUAAAUUAGUGCCCGUAACUGGAGUGGCUAUACUUAAGAAAGGACGAGGAAAUGCAGCCGUCACUAGAGUUGUCAACGUUGCCAUUGGUAUUAAACAACUGAAGAAGGGAUAUGAACUCAAACCUGGCAUCAAAUCGUCCUCAAGGAAAAUCACUGUCAACGGAAGUGACAUCAAAGAUAUCCCUUGCCAGUACUCCGUUGUAGGUCUAGAGAGAUAUGAACUUCCUGUUAUCGGAACGUAUAUUGACCCUCGCAUUGUACCUGGAUUUUACUACCGCGUGCGACCAGCCAACAGCCGUCACCAUUUGUUUGAAGGCCGUAGCCUGUUAUUACAAUCCAUUGGAAUGGGUUACGGAAAGCGUAUCACUUUUAAGCCAGAUACGCUUAAUGCACCUGAAAACUAUUUCUGGUCAGACUCCCACCCUGAAGGUGUCGGUAUGGAGCCACGUGCUGUACACCCUGAUAUGAAAUUCACAAUAACAGGAAACGGGGGACUCCUUGGAGAAGCGGUGGUGUUCCGUGCUGACUUGCCACAAAUCGAGGAGAAAACUGAAUAUGUUGACAUCCCAGGCAAACGAGGAAAGGCUGUUCAGAAAUACAUCCGAGUAGACGUAACGUGCCACGUGAAAUUGGCUACUACAGGAGGUGGCUCAGUGGAUUCCGAAGUGCAUCUGAUGAAAGUUUCAGGAACAGCACUGGUACGCAAAGAACCCAACCAAGCAACUGCUAAAUUGGUGAAAGUCUUCAACGUCGGUUUGGACUCACAACUGAACCUCUUGUUUGCGCACUCACAGACUGAACUAACCUUCCAUCCUCUGCCUUAAAUAUUGCACAAGCAGCGAAUGGUAUUGCAAUACAAGUAAAGGGUAUCGUUCUCAAUAAUAUGUAUUGUAAAACCAAACUCUACCUGGCGCGACAAAGGUUCCAUCAAAUGUCAAUCGAUCUAAUCACGAGUUUGCAACCAAUCGAGGUCAAUUUCUAGUGCUGCUUGCAAUUUGGUUGCAGAAUCGUUUUGGCUGUAUGGCUGAAUGGUUUAAAGAGAUUGUUGAUUCUUGGUACGAUGAUUAGGAAAAUCUUCACCUGCAACAUAUCACUCAGUUUAAAUCUGUUUCUAACUUUCUCCCAUCAGAAAGUUGACAGGAUAUUUGAUCAGUAUUUUUAUUUAACCGGAUAACUAUUAGAUACUUUUGAAAUAAAUCGGAGAGAGUAGUAAAAGACUAUAGCAUUCUGUUUUAUAAUUUAUACCAAACCAAUGACUUAAAAUACUUUUGAAAUUGUGUUAAUUAAAUCUGAUAAAAUUGUUAUGUUAUCAAUGUUUCUUAUUUAAUUACUAUGUAUGUCGAAUAUUAUUUUAAUAAAUCAUUUUGUGU